AUGCUGCUGCAACGCAACUCGUCGGAGAAGAUGCAGGCGACGCACAUUGAGCGACGCGGGCUUUUUACGUUGGCUGGGAAUGUGGACAAAAAGGCGGGUCAACAUAUUCUUCUGCAGCAGAGCGUUUUUCUUCUCUCCGCAGGGCGGGGCGGACUGCGUCGGGUGUUAAGCCAAGUGCACCAGAACUCCGCGUUGGGCAGCUCGUACGUCAUCAGCGGGUUUCUGACACGCUUGUAUAAUGCAUCGUCCGUGGAGAAGAGUGCAGGUCGCAUGGACCCGCAGCAGUUGCUUGCGUACUAUAAUCAGACAGGCACAUGCAGGGGAGCACGGGUCCGAUUCUUCGACGGUGUCGUUGAUUUGGACCGGAAAGCUUUGCAUCAGGUUGUGCAGAGCAAUUAUGUGGAUGAGUUGCUGCUGCUGGUAUUCAAUGACUGGGACCACAAUGCCGACAAAUACAUUGCCGUCGUGUACAGCCUUGCGAGGCUUCUGCAGACCACGAAGAGCAGUUCGGUACCCAACAGUUUCCCGCAAGAUGUGCACAUACUUCUAAACAGUACUAAUAUCAGCGUCUCACAGUUUGUGUCGCCUCGUCCUGGCGCCUUUGCAGGCGCGUUAAAUCUGGAUGAAGCACGGUGGGAGGGGGAGGAUGGGCCGAGUCGUAUUUUUUUUACUUGGCCCCAAGAGGCGUCGUCAGGAAAGCCGGUACAAGUGAUUGCCGCAAUGCGAAGGGCGGACGUUAACAGUAAUAACAUUUUUGGCACCAACACGCUAUCGCUGAUACUUCAGUCGCCUGGUAUAUUCUUCUGUUCAAAGCAAAUGACACAUGUCGCAGCUUACGAAGGCCCCCCAGACGUGAAGGAGCUGGCGAAGUUUGUCGCCGCUAACACCAUCUCGCAUUUUCAGCUGAACUCGGUGGAAGCACUACGCUCGGUGCUUCGGCAGUUUGAUACGCUGGCGCUUAUUGUGUACAGGGGAGAAGGCGGCAGUGCGCCGUCCGCUGCCUCGCCACUGCGGGACAUUUUGUUUAAUAACACGUUGGACACCCGCUUCCGGCUCAAGGCCGCAAUGCCAACUUUUUUACUGCAGGAGGAACAGCUGGCCGGGUCCGACAACGUAAAGUGGGAUGAGCUGAGGGUGGUCGUCUUGCAGCGACUGGAGCGGAAGAGUCUGCAGUUCAUGGCAACACUCUUCAAGGAUGAGCUGCCGGUUGACUUCGUCGAGCAGCUCAAUCUGUUGCCUGCCUCAAGCGAGGCGCGGCUCAUUGUGCUUGACAGGGCGCAGCUGACCCCCGAGGGUGGCCGAGGGGCGAGUAUUGCCGAUUUCUCCGCCAGUGUUCUCUACUUCCCCGCACCCAGCGAAAGGACGGACCAUCACAUGUGGAGCAGCACUAUCGGGGCGCGACUUGUCGACUUUGUGGAGAGCGACGAUGUGCACCAGUCAUCACCUGUGCCUGUCACUGGAAAGAAUCUGCAGAAAGUGUAUGAGCGACACUUCCGCGUGCUCCUGCAGGAUCAGGCGGCAGACAUGCGACAGCGUCCCUUCGCCGAAGAUGCGGUUAUCGGCUCGGUGCCCCCGCGUCCGAAGGGGCAUGAACCGCGCCUGUUGGUUGUGGUGGUACUGCCCCCGGCCAACGCCAGGGGAAGCAAUGCCUGUGAGAGGGCCGCCUUUCACGCAGCCCACGCCAGCCCUCGAGAUGAAGGCAUUCGCUUUGCAACCGCCGCCGUAGAUGUGUCGUCGGAUCUCGUGGAGGAACUGCGGUUUACGGUGUGGCGCCAUCCAGAGAGAAAAGCGGCAACCAUGUGUGAGAUCUACAUCUUCCACCCGGACGGCAAGGUUGAUGCGCUGGACCUGGAUCCGCGGGAGCUUCACUGGCCCAAGGACGGCUGGUUAAAUCUUUUCCUCCGAGGCAGCCCGAAAGAGCACCGGGGUGCUCUUUCCAUUUCGCACCCUUUACCAGACGAGUACUUCCUCGCACUGAUAGAAUUUUCCAAAAAGAUGCGAGCCGUGAAGACCCCUGAUCCGCAUUCUGAGUUCCGCACCUCUCUCUAUGGCACUGCUGACGGCUUUGCUCCGUGGUUCUUGUGGUUGCCUCCGCUCGAAGCAGUUCCACUUCUCGUUCACGUGCAGAAGAAUAAUCCAGCGGAGGGGGUGAUGUCGCCGCAGUCAAAGGACACUACGGCCAGAGCAGCGGAGGUAACGCUUUUACUGCUGCAUGAUAGCUCCUGCGGGAUGACUGUGAAUCAUUUGAAGGCGUUUCGGUUGCUUGCCAAGUGUCAAGAGUCGCACACACCCUUCGUGGGGCUUGUGCUGUUGGAGUACGACCUUGCUUCUGGCUUUUUAAUGCCGGGGGGCAGCGGCUGGCGACCCGGCUUAAGCGGCAAGAACGGUGAUCAGGCAGAGCAUGCGGAGGUCUAUUCGCGCCUCAAACCAUUUCUGCAGGACUUCAAACGUCUGCACCCUCCACAACUCUUUGCAAUAAACCGAACGCACGUGAUAAGUACGAUCGACACUUCCCUCUACUACGGCUCUUCUAGCGGUGUGGGGUGGAUGGAGCUACACAACGGCUACAUACGAAAUCUUCUUCGUCUUGCGAGCCACGCGGACCGCCGGCUUGUCACCGAUGCCCUUUCUACAUGUGUGCGGCAGACCCUAUUGCUGGAGGCGCAACGACGAGUUCAAUACCGCGCUGCCACGCAGCACAUAUCUUAG